AUGGCCCAGCCCGUCAUUUACAGCACCCCGCCUCUCGCCGGACGACCGCCCUACGCAACCGACGAGCCCGACUCCGUGUACCAGCAGCAGCCCCAGCAAACCCGCAGAAUUAGACAGCCCCCUCCGGAGAACCCGAACGACAGGUCUUCGGCGUACAACAUUAUGAUACGGAGGCCGUCUCGCUCCGAGUGCACGGUGUCAAAUGUCUUGCCAGAGAGCAUGGACGUGCGUGCUUUGGUCCGUCUCCCCCUUGACUCCUGGCCGUUGCCGCUGCCGAGCAUCGCGACAAUGUCGCGGUGCACUCCGUGUCGUGUCUCUUCAGGCGACAGCGGCGCCUCUCGUUGGCGGUAUGAUCAGUACUUGAACGGCACCAACGCGCCCAAGGGGACCAACCCCUUCGACGACCCGAAGAGGGUCCUCUCUCCGCCCCGGCAGCCCAUCCCCCUCGCUGCGCCCCGACCCGGCUACGCCGCCCCCGUCGCCGCGCUCAACCUCUCGCGUCCUGACGCAGUCGCCUCGCCCGACAGCCGCGUGCGCUCGCCGACCACGCCCGAGAUGUCUCAGGCCUUCCCGAAGCCGCUCACACUCGUGGAGCGUCAGUCCUCGCCCGCCUCCCCGCACUUUCCGCACACGCCGCACGAGCUCCAGCCGCCCAUGACGCCCAUCGCCCCCGCGUUCAUCCGCCCGGCGAGCGCGGCGAGCACGCAGCGCGAUGUCAAGUUCAACUCGACCACGCCGAUUCUUCGCAGCGAGAAGGAGGAGACGUUCCUGCCCCGGCGAGGCCAGGGUGAGGACUUCUGGAGGCGGUUCAGUAUUGUCGCGAAGGAUGAGACCAAGACGAGGGGCAAGCAGAGGAAGACAACCUCUGGGAUUUCCCGCCACGUCCGUUGGGUAUGGGUCGUCGGCAUCUCGCUCUUGAUCAUCAUCGGCUGUGCCGUUGCCUUUGGCGUGUACAAAACGCACCACUCCUCCAGCUCGUCCAACUCCUCCGUCGUCACCGCGAUCGGCGGGAGCGCGAACCAGGUCGGGUCGGGCAAUACCGUCACCGCCGACGAGAAGUCCGGUGGCUCUGCCUCCGCCCUCCUGGUGACGCCGACAAGGACCGUCGCCCGCCGUUCGGUCGAUAUUCAGCCCACCAGUGCCCCCGCGAUACCAAUCACCCCGCCUUCCUUCCCUAUCCUCCCUAACGCCGACGCCGACGAGGGUUCGGACAUGCCUUCGUACGACAACACGAACGCGAGCGUUGCCGCCCGCCGUGCGCUCUCGCAGCUACAUCAUCGGCAUAAACGAAGCUUCGUCAAUCGUAGCUCGUUAGACUGA